AUAUUUUCAAGAGCAACAAAACAUAUCAGUGCAAGUGGUUAUCCAACACUAUCAUCCUCUGUACCAAUAUACAAUUGGCUUAUAAACCAAUUAGAAGAUUAUGAAGACUUGACAGAUAUUUCAGAUGAAAUGAAAGUCACUAUAACUAAAGCAAAAAAUAAAUUAUUGCAAUAUUAUAAUAAAACUGAUGCUUCAUUGUAUACAAUAACAACAAUUGAAUAUGCACCAAUUAAUUCUGAAAUUAGUAAUAAUGAAAAUGAUGGUGAGGAUGAUUUAACAAGUCAGAUUUAUAAGCAUAAACAUAUUGCCCACAAUUCCAAUGAAUUAGAUUUGUACCUCAAAGAUCCAAAUGCACAAGAAAAGACUGAUGUUUUGUUAUGGUGGAAG